CUGUACUUGGGGCAUAUAAUUUUUCCCAUGUCGGAUGGGUUUUAUCGAGAGACUGGAUUGCACGUCUGGUACUUGAUUUUGCAAUGGGUGGUUUGCUGCUGCUCUAUGCAUUAACGCUUGUUCUUUACAAGUUUGGAUUCUUUAAUCGGCCCUUGAGGGACAAGUUCAACAGCCUGAUUAACCAGAUAUCCGAGGAGAUUGAGAUGCAAGCCCCGUACAAUAUUACGCAGCGGGAGGAUGGUACUGUGUAAAUCUCACAACACCGAUAGGUUUCUCUAUAGCGAAACUGUAGCGAACUAUAGUUCAGAAUCGACGAAAUACAGGACCCGAACGAAAAGGAAAUAAAUUUAUCA